UACUAGAAUGUGGAAAGAUCUCCCAUGCUCAUGGAUCAGUGGGAUUAACAUAGAAAAAAUGUGACUGCCCAAAGAGAUCUAUACAGUCAAUUCAUUCCUGAUUGAAAUAUCCGCUUGUAGGUUACAGACCAGAGUUACAAAGUGAAGUGUAUGCAUAUGUGCCCUUUCCCUAGAUAAUUCAUGCAUUACUUAGUCUGUUUUCCUUACCAUCCUUUUCUUAUCCAUAAAUCUACUGUGCAUGGAAUUUUAAGUACUAUAAGACGCGACAGUAUUUUAUUUUUCCUGGCUAUCAUCAUUCUGUUCUGCUAUCACUAUAUUUUCACUUACAAGACCUGGGGCUUAUGCUGAUGUUUUCAUUUAUAUUAUGGUUGUUAAACUACUUACAGAAAACAAUUCAUGCAAAGUAUUUGCAUUAUCUAUUUUCUUUGCUAUUGUGAUCAUGAUAAAUCUCUUGGAGUUUAACUUCAUCCAUGCUUUCCAACUGCCCUGUUCUACUGUUUGUUGUUUCUAUAGUGACCUUUGUCCCUGGAUCUCCCCAGAGAGUUUGCACAGCAGCCUCUCAUCAUUCACUCUCCCAUUCAAUUUUAUCCACAUUUUCAUCUUAGUAGUAUGUUUUGAGACACCGUUUGGAAAGGGACCAGACUUUUGACUCAUUUUUAGUAUUGUGUGUUAGGAAUGCAACAAAAGAAAUUGGAAUCCCAGGGUGCUGAUUGUAUUUUGCUGUGAGUUUGUAGCCCAGGAGACUUGUAUUCUAAGCUAACAAAUGUGGCUGCCUACUUAUUAUCUGAGGGUUUUAGAACUCACUGAUCUGUGUGGCACUUCACAAACUAUUCUGCCCAAGCUCAGAGAAGGAAAAAUAUGUUCACUUUGAUUUUAUUCUUCUUGCUUGGGAACAUUCCACUUUGUGUGGCUGGUUUUAUUUAUCCCAGGUGCUUUUGGAGAAUAAAGCAGAAUAAAGACAAGGAUGGAAAUCUGGGAACAGGCUGUACCUUCUUUAAUGGACCAGUACAAUGGCCUGUGGAGAAAGAGUAUUUCAGUCCUAUUUUGAAUAUACAAAAAAACACUGAAAUCCACAAGUAUUCUCUUGUCUUGGCUUUUUCCAUGAUUGAAGUCAACAGGAACCCUGAUCUUUUGCCAAAUAUGUCUCUAGUAUUUUCAUUUCAAGAAAAAAAUUGUGAUUGGGAAUUCGAAUCCCCAACUUUCGUUCAAGUGAAUUUAGAUGAUUAUGGAGCUAUCCCUAAUUAUACCUGUAAAGAUGACAGUCUGUGUGGAGUGGCACUUACAGGAGUAAACUGGGCAACAACUCUGUUACUUUAUACAAUCCUAAACAACUUCAUAUCUCAGCAGUUCCUUCAUCUUACUUACGGAGACUUUCAUCCUGUUCUGAGUGAUCAUGAAAAUUUUCCCUAUCUAUAUCAGAUGGCCUCUGAUGAUACAUCUCUAGCCCUUGCCCUGGUCUCCUUCAUAAUUCAUUUCAGUUGGAGCUGGAUAGGGUUGGCCAUCUCAGAUAAUGAUCAAGGGACCCAAUUUCUCUCUUAUUUGAAAAAAGAGAUGGAAAAAAAUGCAGUCUGCCUUGCUUUUGUGAGCAUGAUCCCAGUCAAUAUGCAUUUAUACAUGUCAAGAGCUGAAGUGUAUUACAACCAAAUCAUGACGUCAUCUACAAAUGUUGUUAUCAUUUAUGGCGACACAGGCGGUACUUUAGCUGUGAGCUUUAGAAUGUGGGAAUCUCUAGGUUUUCAGAGAUUAUGGAUCACCACCACACAGUGGGAUGUCGCUCCUAGCAUGAAAGACAAUUUAUAUGGUUUAUUUGCUUUUGGACACCACCAUGGUGAGAUUUCUGGUUUUAAACAUUUUGUGCAGGCAUUGAACCCUGUCACAUACUCAGAUGAAAAUCUGGCAAAGCAGGAAUGGAUGUACUUUAACUGUGAAGUCUCAGCAUCUAAAUGGAAGACACUGAAGAACUUUUCAUCUAAUCACUCACUGGAAUGGCUAAUGGUACAUACUUUUGAAAUGACCUUUACUGAAGGAAGUUAUGACAUAUACAAUGCUGUGUAUGCAGUUGCCCAUGUACUUCAUGAGAUGACUUUUCAAAAGUUUCAUAAUCUGCCCACUGACAAUGGAAAAGAACAAAAUUAUCUCUGUACCAAGCUGGGUGCCCCUCUGAGAAAGAUCCACUUCACUAAUCCAGUUGGGGACAGAGUAAAUAUGAAUCAAGAAGACAAACUGCAGGAAGAAUAUGACAUUUUCUACAUUUGGAAUUUUCCACAGGGACUUGAAUUUAAAGUGAAAAUAGGACUAUUUAGUCCCUAUUUUAUAAAUGGUCAACAGUUACAUUUAUCUGGAGAUAUGAUAGAGUGGGCAAGAGGAAGUACACAGAUGCCGACCUCUGUGUGCAGUGCUGAUUGUGGUCCAGGAUUUAGAAAAUUCAGAAAGAAGGAAAUGUCAGCCUGUUGUUUUGAUUGCAGUCCCUGCCCAGAAAAUGAAAUUUCUAAUGAGACAAACUUGGAGAUGUGUGUCCUGUGCCCAGAGGACAAAUAUGCCAACACAGGACAGAAUGACUGCAUUCCAAAAGCUCUUAUCUUUCUCAGUUAUGAAGACCACCUGGGGAUGGCACUUUCUUUAAUGGCCUUGGGCUUCUCUGCAUUCACAGCUCUGGUUCUUGGCAUCUUUGUGAAGCACCACAGUACUCCCAUUGUUAAAGCCAAUAACAGCACUCUCACAUAUAUCUUGCUCCUCUCCCUCAUUUUUUGUUUCCUUUGCCCCUUGCUCUUCAUUGGCCAUCCAGACUCGGUCACAUGCAUCCUACAGCAAAUCACAUUUGGAGUUCUAUUCACCGUGGCUAUUUCCACAGUGUUAGCCAAAACAAUUACUGUUAUUCUGGCAUUCAAAGUCACAGCCCCUCAAAGAAUGAUGAAGUACUUUCUUCUUUCAGGAGUAUCUACGUACAUCAUUCCCAUCUGCACUCUCAUCCAAGUUAUUGUCUGUGCAGUCUGUUUAGGAGUUUCUCCUCCUUCUGUUGACAUUGAUGCUCAAUCUGAGCAUGGUCACAUUAUCAUUGUUUGCAACAAGGGUUCAGUCACUUGUUUUUACAGUGUUCUGGGAUACCUGGCCUGCCUGACCUUUGUGAGCUUCACUCUGGCUUUCCUUUCCAGAAACCUGCCUGGUGCCUUCAAUGAAGCCAAGUCAAUAACAUUCAGCAUGCUGGUGGUCUGCAGUGUCUGGGUCACUUUCCUCCCCGUUUACCAUAGCACAAAAGGCAAGAUCAUGGUGGCUGUUGAGAUCAUUUCCAUUUUGGCUUCCAGUUCAGGGAUGCUGGUAUGCAUUUUCAUUCCCAAGUGUUACAUAAUACUCUUUAGACCAGAAAAAAAUUCUCUUAAAAUGAUCAGGGAGAAAUCACCUUCCCAUACUCACAUUUCAUAA